AUGGAGCAACAAAGGUCCACAGGCCAAAGAUCAGAGGAAGGAUCAGAAGAGACACAAGAAGAACCCCAUGAACCUCAGGGAGAAUUUGAACAGGGGGCUGAUAGGUCUUCCAUUUCAAGCCAGGCUGGGUCUGAUGUUGAGAAGAGUUCAUGGUGUCCAGAAACGGAUGAGGAAGAUGAAGAUGCUGAGGCCAGACCAUCAGAUGCUGUGAAGGAGAGUGAGAAUGAGGGAGAAAAACAUAGGACAUCAGCAGGAAGAGUGAGAAUUGAAGAGGUAAAAGUGGUCUUGCGCAAUCAGGAUAGAUCCUGCAGGCAGAGGGGAUACCAUACACAGAAGAAGAAGGAUGAAUCCAUUCCAUCCUGCACUGGGCUCCACAUUGAACAAGAACAACAGACAGGAAAGAGACACAGAAAGCAUCUUGGUGCUCAUUUGAGAAUGCACAGAGCGGAGGAACCUAGUCAAAGCUCAAAGUCUGUGAAAAGUGGCUGUCUGAGCAAACCAACUGUAAAGUGUCCAAAGCUUGAUACAAAGGAAAAAAGUAAUAAAUGCUUCAAGUGUGGAAUGUGGUUCACAUGGAUCUCGCAACUUACAAGACAUCAUCGAAAAAUUCAUUCUGGAGAAGAACUAUAUAUUUGUACAGAAUGCGGAAAGAGCUUCCAACAACAAAAACAUCUCACAGCACAUCAAGGAUGCCAUAAGAAAUCCUUUAAAUGCUCAACAUGUGGAAAAUGCUACACUAAGAGCUCAUACCUUACCAAUCAUGAAAGAAGUCACACAGGAGAGAAACCCUUUAAAUGCUCGACAUGUGGAAAAUGCUUCAAGGAUAGCUCAAGCCUUACCAUUCAUAAAAGAAUUCACACAGGAGAGAAACCCUUUAAAUGUUCAACAUGUGGAAAAUGCUAUGCUAAGAGCUCAUACCUUACCAAUCAUGAAAGAAGUCACACAGGAGAGAAACCCCUUAAAUGCUCGACAUGUGGAAAAUGCUUCAAGGAUAGCUCAAGCCUUACCAUUCAUAAAAGAAUUCACACAGGAGAGAAACCCUUUAAAUGUUCAACAUGUGGAAAAUGCUAUGCUAAGAGCUCAUACCUUACCAAUCAUGAAAGAAGUCACACAGGAGAGAAACCCCUUAAAUGCUCGACAUGUGGAAAAUGCUUCAAGGAUAGCUCAAGCCUUACCAUUCAUAAAAGAACUCACACAGGAGAGAAACCCUUUAAAUGUUCAACAUGUGGAAAAUGCUACGCUAAGAGCUCAUACCUUACCAAUCAUGAAAGAAUUCACACAGGAGAGAAACCCUUUAAAUGCUCAACAUGUGGAAAAUGCUACACUAAGAGCUCAUACCUUACCAAUCAUAAAAGAAGUCACACAGGAGAGAAACCCCUUAAAUGCUCGACAUAUGCUGUGCAGGAGAGUGAGAAUGAGGGAGAAAAACUUAGGACAUCAGCAGGAAGAGCGAGAGCUGAAGAGGGAGAAUUUGAAGAGGGGGCUGAGAGGUCCACCAUUUCAAGCCGGGCUGUGUCUGAUGUUGAGCAGAGUUCAUGGCGUACAGAAAUGGAGGUGGAAGAUGAAGAUGCUGAGGCCAGACCAUCAGAUGCUGUGCAGGAGAGUGAGAAUGAGGGAGAAAAACUUAGGACAUCAGCAGGAAGAGCGAAAGUUGAAGAGGUAAAAGUGGUCUUGUGCAAUCAGGAUGGAUCCAGAAGGCAGAGGGGAAACCAUACACAGGAGAAGAAGGAUGAAUCCAUUCCAUCCUGCACUGGGCUCCACAUUGAACAAGAACAACGGAAAGGAAGGAGACACAGAAAGCGCCUUGGUGCUCAUUUAAGAAUCCACACAGAGGAGGAAGACAGUCAAAGCUUAGAAUCUGUGAAAAGCAGCUGUCUGAGCAAACCAACUUUAAAACCUCCAAUGCUUGACAAAAAGAGAAAAAGUCAUAAAUGCAUCAAGUGUAAAAUGAGGUUCACAUGGAGCUCGCAACUUACAAGACACCAUCAAGAAAUUCAUUCUGGAGAGGAAAGGCCGUGGGAGAGCACAACCAUCUAA